AUGUUUAUCAAGAUGUCACAAGGCAGCUACGAGUUGAGACAAGGAUUUGGCAUCCUUCGUUCGAUCUCCACUUUCUGUAUUUUGAUUUCCUUUAUUCCUCUUUUUUUCCCCCAGCUUUCUCAUAUUGUGACUAAGGAGGAGAUUGAAGUUGCGGUACCGGCCUGGUACUUGGUGAGCGUUGGAAUCGUUCUUACCAUGUUGGUCUUGUUCAACGUCAAGACAUUGGUGGGUUUGCUUGGUGUCAAAGGGGUUCAGUAUUUUGUAUUGCCCGCACAGCUUUUACUCUCGGUGUGCCUGGUAUAUUACAUUAUGCACCAAAAUGAACCUCAUCCGUUGUUGGGGGUAAUCGCCUGGGUCGGGACGUUGACUAUUUCCAUUUGUUUAACCUUGACCUUAAGCGAGAAGGAUAUCAAAGAGAUUUCCUCGAGAUAUAACCUCGAUACUGCUUCUGUUGAACUCCCGGAAUUCGACAAGAGUUCCGCCAAUCUGUCGUCGUUUGAAAAAGCCGCCAAAACCUUGUUCUUCUUGGAGUGUACCGCACGCUCCUUGUCAUUUACUUAUCUUAUUUUCCUGUUUGUCUUACCCGAUAUCCACAAUUUCAACCACUGGAACAGAAGUGAACGGGUGGACGAGCUUACCUUGCUUCUCUGGGGAUCCAUGUAUCUCGCCGGGACCUCCUUGAUCCGGUUUUUGUCACUAAUCCCGAAUUUUACCAGAUACAUUGAAAGCAGCAACUCCUAUGGGUUACCUAUGCUUAAUUUUGUGUUGGGAAUCAUUGUUUUCAAGGACUUGGUGUUCUACUUGGCAUGUAAUGUGUACAGCAACCACGAGGUUAUUGUGGGUAAGGCCGCUGAAGUAAUGGGCAACGCAGUCGGUACCAGUUAA